GCGGCACAGAAGAUCUUUGUCUAUCGACGUCGACCUCGAAGACAAGUGCGAGAUAGACGGAUAUAUCUCAGAGAAGUUAUGGGUAUCUGACCGGGCCAUUCUUGGAGAGACGUCCCCACUACGAGCAACGGCGCAAUUGACCAAAUAGUGAAUUCGUCACGUCAGUAUCAGUCGCAGGCGAAAUUCCACGAGCUAGCCUCCGAGGACCUCUCAUCUCUGGCAUGACGAUAUUAUCCUUCCUUGCCAUCAGCCAAUUUAGUCCUUGUUAUUGCAGUGCCGACAACACAAGCUCUCGGUAGUCACCAUGGCUGGAGACCCAAAGCUCGUCUGGAAUCCAGACAACGUCCGCGAUGUUGCAGAGUCGGUCGGCAUAUCAUCUCUGAACGAAGAGGCGGUCCGAGCUUUAUCGCAAGAAGUCGAAUACCGAGUCGGCCAGGUCAUUGUGGAAGCAAUGCGAUUCAUGUAUGCGGGAAAGAGGACAGUGCUAGGAACGCAAGACAUUUCACAAGCUUUGAAAGUCCUCGAUGUUGAGCCCCUCUAUGGCUACGAAUCAACCCGGCCGCUGAGAUUUGGAGAGGCUUCAUUGGGACCUGGGCAACCAUUAUUCUAUAUUGAAGAUGAGGAGGUCGAUUUUGAGAAGCUCAUCAACGCGCCAUUGCCAAAAGUCCCUCGGGAUAUGUCAUUCACAGCACACUGGCUUGCCGUCGAAGGCGUUCAGCCAUCGAUACCGCAAAACCCCACCACAGCAGAAGCUCGAGCAAAUGAGCUGGUACCCAAAGGCCCAGGAGCAAAUCCAGCUCUCGCAGCCCUCGCGGGCAACGACAAUGUGUCUAUCAAGCCCACAGUCAAACAAAUUGUCUCCCAGGAGCUUAUAUUAUUCUUUGACAAGAUACGAAAAGCUAUUCUUGACGACAAUUUAGACCCAGAGGCUGUCCUUUAUCGAAAGUCGGCCUUCGAAAGCGUUCGGUCUGAUCCGGGCCUCCAACAAUUGGUGCCAUAUUUUAUACAGUUCGUCGCCGAAAAGGUCACUCACUGUCUUGAUAAUCUCUUCGUUCUCCAGCAAAUGAUGGAACUAGACCUAGCCCUCAUAGAGAACCCAACCCUCUUCGUUGAUCCAUACGUUGCCAACAUCGUUCCUCCCAUCAUCACAUGUCUCCUAGGACGAAAGAUUGGCCGUGAUGGAGCCGACAACAUGAAGGAGCAAUACCAGCUACGUGAUUUCGCGGCCUCUCUCAUUGAGAAAAUAACCAAGAAAUACCACAAGUCGAAUCAAGAAUUGCAAGCUCGCAUCACCCGAACUUGUCUAAAAUACUUCCUUGACCCUGGAAGAACCCUCAGCGAGCACUAUGGCGCAAUUCGAGGCAUUCGAAGCAGCGGCGGUGUACCUGCGAUCGUGACACUCGUCUUACCCAACCUCAAAGCCUACGAAGUCAUCCUCGUCAAAGCACAGAACGACCGUCAAAACGACGAACCUUUCAGAAUGUUGCUCGGAACCAUCAUCCACGCCAUUACAAGCAUCACCACCGAAGCAAAAGAUACUGAAAUGACGAAUGGCACGAAUGGAAACGCUGCGGAGGCAUCUCAGGUGGAGGAGUAUUUGGGUACUGUUAUUGGGAGCCGGAUUGUGGCGUUGGGAAAUCAUAAGUUGAAUAUGGCGAUUUUGGAAUCGAGGGAAAAGCAAUAGUGGUCUGGUUUGCAUUGGGCAGCGUAUGGGCGUUCAAGGGUGGAAGGCGAAGCAUCGAAUGGGUCUCUACACUUAGCAGAAACCGUAACAAACUGAUAGGGUAUGUAUGAAUAUGAAACUUACAGUUGGAGCUUCUGUGCAACUCGACUGACAAGGUUUACUCGCACCUAAUUAGAUUCUCUAGUUCUUAACGCGAAAGGCUUGCAGCCUACACACUGAAUCAAUGCUGCCUGUGCCGAUGCUGAGGCUCUUCGAGCGUGG